GGGGGGCGGGUGGAGGUGUCCGCGCUCGGGGCCGCCCGCACCGCCCUGCCGAGUCCCGGGCGCCGCUCCGCCGGCGGCUCCCGGCCCGGAUUGCAUCAGCUUCCAGCCGCCCCGGCUCCACCUUCCCCGCCGCCCCUCUCCAGCCUCACACUUCCCUGCGGGGCGCUCUCGGCCCCGGCCGGGCCCUCCCGCCCCUCCGGGGGCUCCGCUGGCGAGCGGGGAGCUCCUCGCGGUGGGGAGCGGCUGCCGGGCUGCAGCUCGGGCUCCCGGCCCCCUCCCCGCCCGAGGGACCAAGAGACCGGCCCCCAGGGAAGGGGACAGGCGCCCCUUCAGCGACUUUUCCCCCGGCCUGCUGAAUCACGGAAGGCCACUUUUCACCCGCCCGAGCUGAGUGACCGCGGCCCCGACCCCUCACCCCCGGAGCCGGGGGACACCCGAGGCUGGCGUCGGGAGCCGCGGGGCCGGGGCCCGCCGGGCGGGGGGGCGGUACCGACGCGCGGGGCCCGGCCGGUUUGGCCCGAGGGCUCCUGCUUUUACUUUCUUUUCAGCCGCGGGCGAUCGCGCCCGGGUCCCCUCCCCGGCAGGAAGCCUCGGCCUCCCGGCUGCGGCGCUUUGGGUCCCCGGCGCUGAGCAGCAUCCCGAGCACCGCGGGGUGGGAUGAAGGAAAAACGGGAGGGCCAGUGCGAAGUGAGGAUGGCUGCGGACGGGCUCUCCAGCAAGGCCCUGAAGGUGAAGCGGGAGCUGGGGGAGAACACACCGCUGCUGUCGGAUGAGGAGCUGAUGGGGCUGUCGGUGCGGGAGCUCAACCACCACCUGCGUGGCCUCUCCAAGGAGGAGGUGGCGAGGCUGAAGCAGCGCCGGCGAACACUGAAGAACCGGGGUUAUGCCGCCAGCUGCCGGGUGAAGCGCGUCUGCCAGAAGGAAGAGCUGCAGAAGCAGAAGAUGGAGCUGGAGUGGGAGGUGGACAAGCUGGCCCGGGAGAAUGCCGCCAUGCGCCUGGAGCUCGACACCCUCCGUGGCAAGUACGAGGCCCUGCAGGGCUUUGCCCGCACGGUGGCCGCCCACGGGCCCCCUGCCAAGGUGGCCACCGCCAGUGUCAUCACCAUCGUCAAGUCCGGUGCCAAUCAGGCUGCCUAUUCCUAGUGCUGGCCUCUGUCCCCUGGCUGGGCACAGGCCUCCCCAGGGCGCCUUCCCCCACCAGUUGCCUCCUACCCCCUCCCCAACUCCCUCCCUGCUGGGACCUGUGCCCAAAAUCCUCCUUCCGCCAUCCCCUGACCUCCAGCUCCCCUGUGUAGGGAGGGCUGACACAGUGUGGGUGCUGGGGUGGAGGACAGAACCCCACUGGUGACCCCUGCAGCCCCGUCCCCUCUGGGGGGUGCAGACAGAGAGGGUGAGUCCUGCAGGCAGCAGUGGGGAAGCAUCCCACAGCUCCAAGCUGGCAGGAAAACACCAGGUGCCUUUUUUUUUUUUUUUUUAAUGGGAGAGUUGAGUGUGUGCCAGGUACUCCCAGGAGCAUGAGUCGGGGAGGAAAAGGAGGGGAGAGAGGCUUCACAGCAAGGGGCAGAAGGGAUAUGAUGGAGAAGGGGGUAUCAGCACUGGCCCCACAUCCUGGGCCACGGCUGGAAGUGGGGGGAGAGAUGGCAGCAUGGCUGGAGUCUCCAGCAAUGGAGACGGUGAGGAAAGGUGGCAGGUCGGAGGGGGAAGAGAAAGUGGCUGUAGGUUGGUGCCUGGUAAAGGUGAGUGGGAUGGGAAAGUGCCAUGACAGUCUGCAGUGCUGGGGGAACCCAGAGGUGACUUGUGAUGGAGGAGGAUCGCUCAGGCAGGGGAGAGCUGGGGGAUGCGAGCAGGUCAGCCCAGGCUGUUGUCCACAAAGGGCAGCAGCAGCAUUGCUGUUUUAUCUUUCUCAAUCACGCACAUCCUUCAUGCCUCUUCCUGCCUAUGGGACGCUCAGCCUGGCUGGGUGUCUCCAAAAAGCAGCAGCACUGGCAGGAAGGAAGCGGAGGCAGCUGGAGCAGAGAUAAACACUGUUUUGCUCAGUGCAGGCCAGCUUGUACAGCCCCACCAAGCACUCCCUGGCACCCCACUGCCUACAAAGUCCACGGAAAGGUGCUCCUGGACCCUGAGAGCCAGAGCUGUGGGGGCAGAGAGAGGGGUGGAGGUGCGGGAGGUGGGAAGUAGGGGUGGAGAGCAUCCCUGCUCCUGGGAGCUGCCUGGCAGGCAAGUAGGUAGGUGCCUCCCUUUGGUUUUCCGCCAGCUUGGACACCUGUGUGGGAUAUAACCAGCUCUUCAGCAAGCUGAAAUGCUGUAGAAGAGUUUGGUUUGCUAAGUACAGGCAGCACAGGGGAGGUACCAGGAGGCAGACCCUUCCUGGCAUCUGCUGCAGUAGAUGAUCCUGCCCCUUUCUGCCCCUGCUUUGGGUAUUGCCCUCUGCUGCAGCCUCCAUCCUUCCCUGGAGAGAGGUGCCCACUGCUCACAUAGAGGGCACUGUGGUUAGCAUCCCCCCCACUCCAACUCCUCUUGGGUUUAUUUAUUGCACGAACAUAAAUUAUUUUCACGUCCUCUUUGCCAUUCCGCCUCUCGGCACAGCCAGGAUGUUGGUACAGAGCUGUACUUUAUAUUUUAUAUAUGCAAAUCACAUUUUAUCUUAUACUUAUAUAGAGCAAAAAAAAAAAUACUUAUUUAUUUUCUGACUUACAGUAUGUGUCCUACCUGACUCCUCUGUAUUUUGUAGACUUUACAAAUAAAGCAAGUUUGUUUGGUUUUUUUUCCACA